AGGAUAUAUAUUUGACGAACUGUGAUAAAUAACAACGCUUAGCGAUUAUUUUACAAGCAAGUUUUCCGGCGAUUGUUGAUAAUAGAAAAAUUGACUAAUUACUAUAAAUUGAUAAAAAUUAUUUUCAUAAUGUCUGACGAGGAAGUUAUCAGAAGAAGACUGCUAAUUGAUGGUGAUGGUAUGGGAGAUGAUAGAAGGUUGAAUAUUAUGUUAAAAUCUUUUAUCAAAUGGGCUAAUUUAUCAGAGGCUGAUCCAGUCUUACAAGAAAAAUUACUAUCUCAAUUGGCUGUAUGUGAGUUUACACAAAAGAAAUCUGGUCUGGUAUCAAAGAUGAGCGAGGAAGAAUUGAAGAAUUAUGAAGAAAUGUCUAAACAAAUUGAAGUGGAAAUCGAAGAAGCUAAAAAAAAUAUUGAAACAACAAAGGUUGAACUGCAAGAAGCCAAACAAGUUAGAAAAAACCGUAUAGAAUAUGAUGUUCUAGCUAAAGUUAUCAAUGAACAGCCAGACAGACAACAAACUAAUAUCAAACUUGCAUCUUUACAAAAAGAACUUGAGACUUUGAAAGAAAAAUCACAGCAUUUGGAGCAGAAGCUUGAGAUGCGUAGAAAACAGUUCCAUGUUCUCAUAUCUUCAAUACAUUCCUUACAAGCAAUGUUGGAUGAAUCUGAUGAAGAAAUAAUGGAUGUAAGCCUAGAAGAUGUGAAAAUGUCUCCUAAAGUAACAAUAUAGAUCCACAUUGUAAAUAAUAAUUAAGGUUGCCCCAAAGUAUAGUGCUUAGGAUAUUUUUACAGUUUGUAUUGGAUCUGUAUAAAAAUAUAUUUAUAAGUAAACUCACAAAUAUUUCUAAUGAUUAGUUAUUUAUCUUCUAAGCUUUA